AUGGGCUCUAUGGCUCAGACUGGACUCCUCUUGGUCGAAGCGGAGAAGCGCGCCAAGGGCAAGAAGGGCAAGAAGAAGAAGAAGGGCGGCGGGAGCGGCGGGGCUGGGCCGUCGCAGGAGUCCGAGGCGCCGGCAGAGGCAGCCGCAGCCAAGCCCGCGCCGUUGGACAGGGAGGGGCUGCUCAAGCUUCUCGCGGAGCUCCACGAGGACAGGAUCCGGUUCGGCAUCACGCCGGAGACGUCGGUCGAGGGAUUGGCGGAGGCGCUGGGAGAGGCGGCGGGCGAGGCGAGCGAGGAGGAGGGUGAGGAGGAGACGGCGGAGGCGGCCGAGGAGGAGGGCGAGGAGGCGGCCGAGGAGGAGGGCGAGGAGGAGGGCGAGGAGGAGGACGAGGAGGCGGCAGCGGAGGCGGCAGCGGAGGCGGCAGCGGAGGCGCGCCGGCAGGCUGAGGCGGAGGCUGCGGCCGUGGCGGCCGCAGAGGAGGAGGAGGCUGCCGCAGAGGCGGAGGAGGCGGCCGAGGCGGCCGAGGCGGCAGUAGCGGCGGCAGAGGCGGCGCUCGCCGCAGCCAAGGCGAGGCGCGCGUCAGUUGCCGCUGCGAAGGCCAGGGCGCGGGAGGCGGCCUAG